GGGUUUCUAUUGACUUUGAGCAAAGCAAAAAUAGAUCUUUCUUGCUUGAACUUGAAUGUUUAAGAUUUGGAUCUAGAUAAAAUCUUGAGACAUCGUUAGGGGUUCCAUCGGAUUCCCCGAAACCCGGACAUUCUUCGGGGUAUUUCAGUCGUCUCUCAGUAUAUUUUUCCGGGUCUAUCGAGUUUAGGUAUGCAGAGCCAGCUUGUUUGUAACGGGUGUAGGAACCUUCUUCUUUAUCGGAGAGGAGCUACAAAUGUCCGUUGUGCAAUGUGCAAUACAAUUUCCCCAGCCCCGCUUCCAGGGAUGGAAAUGGCUCAGCUGGUAUGUGGAGGUUGCAGAACAUUGUUGAUGUAUACUCGUGGGGCAUCAAGUGUGAGAUGCUUAUGCUGCCACACACUUAAUCUUGCAAGACCAGCAUCUAGCAAUGUUGCCCAUGUGAACUGCGGCCAGUGCCAUACAAUGCUUAUGUAUCCAUGUGGAGCUCCGUCAGUCAAAUGUGCAGUCUGUCAAUAUGUUACAAACAUUGGGGGUAGCAUGAGAGUGCCAAUCCCUGUGCAGAGACCGAAUGGUGCUAGCAUGCCCUCAACAUCAACAUUAACGCCUCAUGCUCAUGGUCAUACUGUUGUUGUUGAGAAUCCCAUGUCCAUGGAUGAAAGUGGGAAAAUGGUAACCAAUGUUGUCGUUGGAGUCACCACUGAGAAAAAAUAAAUAAUCGAAUUCUGGUGGCCAAGUUCCAUCUGUAAGUACCACCUAUUCAUGUAAGAUGUUCAAGGAACUGGAGCUCAAUAUCAAGAAAUUAUUC